CACACACAUCUACUUUUCAUAAACCUAAAUUUUCUAAUAUUCAGAUCUCAAUAGAGUUAUUAUUACUGGGUGACUUCAGUGGGGCCCUCUGAUACACUCGUGGUCUCUGGUCUCGACCCGAUCGCGAUCCCUCCUUCAUCCGCGGUAUGCAGCACCCCGCGCAGGAGAAACCCUAGAGACCUGAGGUACGACGCAGUGGCUGUUGCACGGCCACAAGCGCAAACGUCACAGAAGUCCGAAUUUGGCUUCACAUCUUCCCUACUUCGGAUUGGCUUUUAGUCCACAAGGUGGUGGUAACUCUUGGUAACCGCCAGAACAGUCAGCCGCAGGCCAGGCUGGGUCGAUCACAGGUGCUGCUGAAUGCCUGGGUGUCCUGAUGGCCAGGGACCCCAGUCAUCUGCCACGUGCCUGCCGACCCCCAGCAAUCCCAGUGAGGGCCGCAGAAGCUGCCCUGGAAAUCAGCCGUACUGCAAUUGAAGAGCAGCUAAAGAUAUGUGGCCACAAGAGGGAUGCUGAUGUCUUUGAGCUGUUUCUUUCUCAAAAGGAGCUGGCAGAGGUCAUUGAUCUUUCUAGGUUUAAAAAAUUAAAAUACUUAUGGCUACAUCAUAACAAGCUCCAUGGAAUAACAUUUCUAACCAGAAACUAUUGUCUGGCAGAACUAUAUCUAAACAACAAUGCAAUAUUUGAUAUUGAAGGCCUGCACUAUUUGCCUUCAUUGCAUAUACUCCUGCUACAUCACAAUGAGUUAAUAAACCUUGAUGCAACAGUAAAAGAAUUAAAGGGAAUGCUAAAUCUGAAGACCCUAACUCUCUACCAAAAUCCUUUAUGCCAGUAUAACCUGUACCGUCUAUAUAUAAUCUACCACCUUCCAGGAGUCGAGUUGCUUGACCGAAAUCAAGUUACAGAAAAGGAAAGAAGGUCAAUGAUUACACUUUUUAACCAUAAAAAGGCUCAUAUUGUUCAAUCAAUAGCAUUCAGAGGAAAAGUAGAUGCCUCAUGGGAUCCUCAAUCACCAUUUAAGCAAAAACCAGCACAGAGAGUACCUUCAGACUUUGCAUUUGCAAAUAAUGUAGACAAAACUAUGUUUGAUGACCCAGAGGAUGCUGUUUUUGUAAGGUCCAUGAAGCGAUCGGCAAUGGCUAUUACCUCUCUGAACUGGGACACGGUGCCAACACGAGAGGAAAAAUACCUUGAAGAGAAAGACACAGGACCUGCCCAGAUGCUUACAAUCACACUGAGAUAGCCCCUGGGGUUUCUAGAAAUCUUAGUAGUUUUCAGUUAUAUAUUAAACUUUUCUGUGAUUAGCAUAUUCUUUAUUUCAGUUCAGUUCAGUUCAGUCACUCAGUUGUGUCCGACUCUUUGCAACCCCAUGAAUCACAGCACACCAGGCCUCCCUGUCCAUCACCAACUCCUGG